AAAGUAAAAGUGUUCUCAGGUAAUGGAAUAUUGAGUCAUUAAAGAAGGAAAUUCUUUUAAAAGAUAUGGAAACAGCAGGUGAGAAAAUUAUGGAUUUUGCGUGGCAUACAAAACGUGUUUGAUAUCAAUAUGAUCAGAAUAAAAGGCAACGAUGGGGAAGUUCAUGUUUUUAAUUUAAUCCAGGCUGUUAGAAAAAAAUCACCCUUUCUGUGACUUCAGCUUAAAGCUUACAGUAAGUAUAUAUCUUGCUUCUGCUUUGCAUUCAACAAAACUUCUAUGGAUGCUGCUCAACAUCCAGAUAUCGUUGCCUUGUACAACACAAUUAGCACCAAUCCUGACUACUUGGAAGUCCCCAAUGAGAUGCCGUUUGCUCAAACACCUCUUCACAAUGCUGCUCGUGAAGGCCGUACCGACCUUGCUCUUGAAAUCUUGAGGCUAAAGCUUUCACUGGGGAAGAAGUUGAACCUUGAUGGCCUUAGCCCCUUGGACUUGGCUUUGCAUAAUGAACAUGCCAGUACUGUGGAGCGGAUUGUCAAUCAUGAUCCAAACCUCAUUCGUGUCCCAGGGAGAGGAGGAAUCACUCCUUUGCAUUAUGUGGUGGAAACAGAAAAAGUAGAUCUUUUGAUCAAAUUUCUUAUGGAAUGCCCAUCCUCAAUCAAGGAUUUUACUAUUCGAGAUGAGACUGCUGUGCAUAUUGCUGUCAGAAGAGGAAAGUUUAGAGCUUUCAAGGUUUUGAUUGGUUGGAUUAUGAGGGCUGGUAAUGGAGAAGUUCUGAGAUGUAGAGAUGCAGAAGGAAACACCGUGCUGCAUCUUGCAGCAUUAGCAAACCAACAUCAGGCAUGUUAUGGAGUUAUUAAUCGGAAAGGUAAAUAUCAAUGACAAGAAUUUCGAAGGUAAGACAGCCAUGGAUAUCCUAGAGCCUGGAAAUGAAAAUGCAAGGCAAAUUUUAAUUCGAGCACGA